AUGAAGUUUGUGGCGAUCCCGUACAACUUGCUGCUGGUUGUGGGGUCUCUUGCUGUUGCACUUGCAACAUCUUGGCAAGUGACUCUGUGUGCUGCAGCAGGUUUGCUGCCAGCUGUGGCUUUCGGGGCGCUUCUCGCGGGGGCCCUGCGCCGCGCUGCUGCUGCUGCUGCUGCUGCUCUCGAAGCUGCGGGUGCCGUUGCUGCAGAGACCCUGGGGGCCCCCCGCACCGUUGCUGCCUUCGGCCAGGAGGGGGCCUCCAGGGCCCGCUACGAGCAGCACAUAGCAGCAGCAGAAGCUGCUGCUGCUCGCGGGGGCCUCUUUUCUGGACUAGGAAUGGCUGGACUUAUUUCUUCGGUCUUCGCCAUGUUUGCCCUCGUCUUUUACCUCAGCGGAAGAAAAGUUGCUGCCGGCUGGGAGCAGCUGCUGCAGCAGCAGCAGCACCUACAGCAGCUGCAGCAGCUCGACCCCCCCUUGCCCCCGGGGGCCCCCAAUGCGCCCUGGGGGGCCCCCGGGGGGGCCCCCGGGGGGGCCCCCUGGGGGGCCCCCGGGGGGGCCCCCCUGCUGCGGCCAGAGUUUCAGGGGGGCGCGGCGUUCGUGAUAUCUGUGUGUCUGCUGAUGGCUGCGUUCAGCUUGGGGAAUGUGUUGGAAAGUGUGGGGUUGUUCCUGAAGGCGGGCGCAGCAGCGAAGAGUUUGGGAGAAGUUGGAAAAGAAGUUUCGGAAAUAAAUCCUUUCGAAGACAAAGGAGACAAACUCGUGUCUCUCGACGGAGACAUUUGCUUCCGCAGGGUCUCCUUCGCCUACCCCACGCGCAGGGGGGCCCCCGUCUUCAAGGACUUCUCCCUCACCAUUCCCCGCGGCCGCGCUGUGGGCCUCGUGGGGCCCUCCGGCGCCGGCAAGUCCACUUUGCUGCAGCUGCUGCAGCGCCUCUACGACCCCGACUCCGGCUCCGUCUCCGUCGCAGGCAGGUCCGCCUCCGGGGGCCCCAAGCUGCGCGCAACGGGGCCCCAGGGGCCCCCGGGGCCCCCAAACGCGGCCCCCAGGGGCCCCGGGGGGCCCCACGGGGCCCCAAACGCGGCCUCGAGGGGCCCCAGGGGGGCUCCACAGGGGUGCUCGGGGCAGAAGGGGCACACACGGGGGUUCGCAGGGGCCCCAGAGGGGCCCCAGAGGGGCCCCAGAGGGGCUCCAGAGGGGACCCAGAGGGGCCCCAGAGGGGCCCCAGAGGGAACCCAGAGGGGACCCGGAGGGGACUCAGACGGGGAAGCCAGGGGGGCAUUAAGGGACACAGGGGGGCCCCAAAGCGUGAGGGGGUAUAAAGGGGCGCAAAAGGGGGACCCAGAGGGGGCUUAA